GUCACAUCCGUACGUGCAUCGUGUAAAAGACCAAAUUUACCCUCCAACUACACUCAUCACUCUCUAUUUACUUACUCUCUUUAGUUUUCUUUUCUCGGGGAGUGAAAGAAUUGAAGAAAGAAGAGUGUUUUUGAGAAGAUGAAUUCGUCGUCGUCGUGGGAGAUGCAACUAGUGGAAACGGCUAAAGAGGAACUCGAGAUUCUUCAGUCUCAAUAUCCCAACCGCUUCGCUUACCUCAAAUCCGAUCUUCAAUCUUUCAUUUCUCACCUCCGUGAAGAUCACGCGCCGCCGCGUUUAUCACCCUCCUCCUCCGUAGUCCUCACUCAAGAGUCAUCAAAUUGUAACUAUAAGCAAAAACAUAAGAAGAGAAAGUGCGUCAUGGACAAUUUAGGAGAUCAAGCAUCAUCGUCAACAACGGGAAAGAUCCAUAAGAACAAUAACAAGAUGGGUCAGAGAGUGGUCACGAAGAAAAAAAAUAGAGUUGAAAUGGUUCUUGAGAGGGCUCAACUUUGUCUCCAAAAGAUAAGAGACGUGAAAGCCUCUUUGUGUUGACCCUUUUUACAACUCUUUUUUUCUCUGUUUUUUGGUUGAUGAAAUGUAUAAGGAAUGAUAGUUACCGUCCGAGAAAUGUGAUUGCAAGUGAUAAAAAGUAAAAUGCUUCUCGAAAAGAGGUAUUGAUGACAGUUCAACAUUGUAUAGGUCUUUUUGGUUCAGUGAGAGACUUUCAUUUUUCAGUCUCUUAAUGGAAACCUAAUGAAUUUCUUGUUUACGACUAAGAGAAAAUAUUUAUCAUAAAACAAUUUUCGUUUCU